ACCACAACCCGGAACUGACGUCAGACUUGACCUAUAUACAGCCCUAUAACGGUGCUGUGAUAAGUUUGACGGAGACUAUAGACUUUUACGACAGCGACAAAGCAUCGGUGUGGGAAUGUACACCGAUCGAACUCACAACAGAACGUGGGCACCGCGCGGCCUGGUCUAAAUAUACGUGUAUAUAUCGACCUGUAACUGUCGCUCUAACGCGAAACAUGUCAUCGGUCAGUGACGAAGUCUGUCGGGGCACUCACAUAGCAGACUUAGUACAGGAAAAACUGCACCUGUCUGCAGGAGUUAGACCACCAAUCGUUAAAACAGACCUCGAUCUGCCCGAUGGCGAGAAGGCACUAGCAUUUGUACUGGAUAACGUCUACACAAAACAGGAGUGUGACGAAUACAUCAAGAAGACAGAGGAAAUGGGAUACGAAAAGGCUUUAUUGAACACUGGAGGAGACACCCAAAUGCUGCGCACGGAUGUACGAAACAGCUACAGAUGCAUUUGGGACUCUGUGGAAGAAGGGAAGAAAUUGUGGCAGAGGAUACAAGCUUACAUCCCCGUAGACUAUACCCCUGGCUGGCAGCCCGUGGGGUUGAAUGAAAGAUUGAGAUUUUUGCGCUAUGAUCCGGGAGAGUACUUCAAGCCUCAUUACGAUGGUAGCUACCAACGAAAAAAUGGAGAGAAAAGCUUUAUCACCAUACAGUUGUAUCUCAAUGAGGGUUUUGAAGGUGGCAACACGACCUUCCUGAGUCGCUUUGGGGAAGGGCACAACGCUAUUCCUGUGGUUCCCAGAACAGGUAGCGUUUUGAUCUUCAAACAUCACAUACUCCACGAGGGUUCCAUUCUGGUGAAGGGAAGGAAAUACUCCAUGAGGUCAGACAUCAUGUUUGAAAGACUGCCUGAUGAUUCCUGAACCAAAAGGCUGCGAUUGACCGUAUACUGUGCUACAAGUUUUGAUAACGCUUGUUCUGUUAUGUCUUCUUUAUUAUUGGCUAUGAAACCAUAGUUGUAUUAUUUCGAAACUGUGUUUGCUCCAUAAGAUAAACUGUUUGUAGAAAAUGUUAAAAAAGAAAUUUCCAUCUUUUCCCUCGCCUCUGUACAAGACAGUUAAUUAUUGCCACAUAUACUCUAUAUUUUUUAAUAAAGGUUUGGAUAUAU